GUUUAAAAGCAUCGAAUGGAAUCAAUUUGCAUUAGAAAAUUGAACCAACACAAAGACUUGAUAUUGUGGAAUGAGGAGCAAACAAGCAAUGUCAUCCAAUGAACAAGAAAGGGUCUUGUGUUAUAAUGGCGAAGUCCUUGUUUUUCAGUUGUCUAAAGGAAAUUUUGCAGAUAAAGGGCCUGCAGAAAUACCCAUAUUACAUGUCAGAAGAAUGGUAUUUGACAGAGAAACAAGUGCAUUUGUUCAGAAAUCCACUGGAUUCUUUAGCAUAAAGGAAGAAAAUGCUUAUUUAAAAAUUAUAUGUUGCAACUGUGUGUCAGAUUUCAGAACUGGAAUGAACCUCCCUUACAUUAUGAUACAAUGCAACAAAAAGAAUAAUGUUUUUAAAUAUUUUUUACUAUUUCUUCAGAGUACCAAUAAAUUUGAAAAGCGUUUGAGUUUUAGACUAGGCCACGAGUUGAAAGAUGACAUAAGGGUCUUUGAUGGCCCUUUAAUUAUAUGGAAUCAUGUUAAAACAUUCUUCUAUAUCUCUCCCCAAACUGGCAAAGUUGCUACUGUAUCUGUUAACUUUUCCUCUAUUGAGUGGGCAGGGGAGAUUGCAAAUCUAGGUAUGGUUUUAUUAGGACAAAAGCAAUGUUGUUUACCUGAGGAAGAAGACACCCCCAAGUCUUCAAAAUCAGAUUAUGCAUUUUGGAACACCAGAUUUUGUGUAUACUUCCUUGAAAAUAAAGAAGUAAUAACUGAUGCAUACAUUAUCCCUCCUGCUUAUAGCAGUGUGAUAACUUGUGUGCAUGUCUGUGCAACUGAGUUUGUCAACAACCAGCUGAGAAUGUCUCUGAUUGCCCUUACUCAAAAGAAUCAGCUGAUUUUAUUCCAAAAUGGGACUCCUAAAAGUAUGUGCCAGCUUCCAUUUGGAGAUCCUUGUGCAGUUCAACUUAUGGAUUCAGGCAGAGACCUCCUUUUCAUUGUAUCCUUUAGGUCCAGUGCCUGUGCUGUUUGGGAAAAGAACUUUCAGAUCGCUGCUAAGUGGGAAAAAAUUAGCUCAGUACUUAUAGAUGACUUUAUUGGAACUGGGACAGAACAAGUACUGCUACUUUUAAAGGACUCCUUAAAUUCAGAUUGCCUGAGUUCAUUUAAAAUAACAGAUCUUGACAACAUAAACUAUUCAAGUCAAACAUUGGAUUGCAAUGAAGAUGAUGUAUUAGAAGAUAAUCGUUAUUUGGUGAUUCCAGCUCUGGAAAGAAGAGUGAAAGUUGGUUUGGCAUCUAUUCAGGAAGUACAGAAGCACCUUUUGCUGAAGGAAAAAAUUAUUUUAAAAUCUUACAAAGCUUUAAUGAACCUGCUUCAGGGAAAAGAAGAUAGUACAUCAAUUGCAGAAGAGGACUGUCUUGUUACUCUUUGUGGUGAAGAAGAAAAUCCUGCUCAUACUUGUGAUGAAAAUGUAUCAGGCAAUUCUCAAGAUUCAGAACAGCUAGUAGAGAAGAUAUGGUAUCGUCUAAUAGAUGAUAGCUUGGUUGUUGGAGUGAAAACCACAUCUUCUUUGAAGCUGUCUCUGAAUCAGGUGACUCUAUCGUUGUUAAUGGAUGAACCCCAUAGCUCCAGCUUUCGGCUUAUUAAGUGUCAAAAUAGGGUGAUCAAGUUGAGUAGGGACUCUUUUCCAGCACUAUGCUCAGUGCCAUAUGAAAUAGGAUCAGAGGCAAAAAGGAUCAAGUUGACUGUUGAUAGUGAGAAGGAGGAAGAAGAAGAGAAGAGCUUUGUUUGUGGACAACCAUCUGAGAAAGAGGGUGUACAGAUAAUUACUGCUGUAACAUCUCUUUCACCACUUUUAGCAUUCAGUCAGUUUUGUUGCAUUGUGCUACUACAAAUUAGGGAGAAAGAAAAUGGUAACUGUUCUAAACAUCAUUUUUUUCCAUGUGGCAGACUUUCUUUAAGUCUAGAAGAUUUUUCAAGUGGGAAAUACCUAACGACGUUUCCAAAGAAACCUAUAGAACACAUGGAAGAUCUCUUUGCACUUCUUGCAGCAUUGCACAAAACUUGUUUCCAAAUCACAUCACCCAGAUAUGCCCUGACUUCAAUGAAGACAUGGCUCUUAGAACACAUGAAAUGUGAAGUAGUCAAAGAAUUUCCAGAAAUUUGCUUUUGUAAAGGGCCAGAAAGUUUGUAUGGGACAUUCUUCCACUGGAAACAAAGGACACCAUUUGAAGGGAUUUUGAUAGUCUAUUCCAGGAAUCGAACAGUUUUGUUCCAGUGCCUUCAUAACCUCACCAGAGUUCUCCCUAUAAACUGUUUCUUCAAAAAUCUAAAAUCAGGAAGUGAGGAUUUCCUAAGUGAUCAUUUGGCAUUGAAUUUGGAGAAGGAAUUGGUUAUCAUUGGUUCUCUUUCUUCUGCCUUAGUUAAGGUUGAAAACAACUUGGUUCAGAGGUGUGAAGCAAGCAAAGAAAAGAGUAGUGGUGUUCUGCCUGCUUUAUCAGACAGAAAAGAAAACAUCCAUUCCAUCAGAGAAGAACUUCAGAGAGAAAAGCAAACAUUGGGGACGGACCUAAAACAGCUAAUGGAUGGCAGACCAACACCAACUUCCUGCCUCAAAGCCCUGUGCUGCCUCCAGUACCAUCACUACUAUAAAUGGGAAGAUUUCUCCAUCAUUCCAACUCUACUCAGCUCCAUCUUUUCUUUUCCCUUUAAGACUGUCUCCGGUCACUUAUUGCUGAUGCCAGCCCUGCCUAUAUUAAUGGCGUCUAUUGUCUUCAUCUUACCUAGUUUGGGACUUCUAACCUAAGGCCAUAGCAACCGUGGGAGUGUAUGUUGGUAUGGAGAAACCAUAAAAUCUAAGCAACGUGGAAAUUUCACCUGUGCAUGGAGAUCAGCAAUUCUGCCUAGUCUCCCAGAUCUGCUAAAGACAUUGUAUGAGUAAGAAAUCAUCUUCUGUUAUGCUACACCGCUGAAGCUGUGGAAGUCUGCUGGGCUUAGAAGUGAGGCUGUUGACAACCCCAGGACAAUCCUCAAUCAGUCAAGGAUGAGACCCAGUGGAAAAAAUGCACCAGACUCCUUUCUUUUGGAUGGAUGAUUCUGGCAGGUCACCGCCUUCCCUCUCAUCAAAGAUCCUGCGGGGCUGUGAAUCCAACUGAUACUGUAAUUCGGCAA